AUGUCUUCAACGACUCUUAAAUAUGCCAAUGACUUUGUGUCAUUCUUGAAUGCAUCUCCAACUCCAUAUCAUGCUGUUCACAAUGUGAAGGCUAAAUUAACUAAAAAUGGCUUCCAAGAACUUUCAGAAAGAGACAAUUGGCCUGGGAAAGUGUUGAAAGGUGGUAAAUAUUUUGUCACUAGAAACGCUUCUUCAAUCAUCGCAUUCACAGUGGGUGAGAAAUGGGCCCCAGGUAAUGGUAUCUCAAUCGUUGGUGCUCAUACUGAUUCUCCAUGUUUACGUAUUAAACCUGUUUCCAAAAGAAACGCUGAAGGCUUCAUUCAAAUUGGUGUUGAAUUGUAUGGUGGUGGUAUCUGGCACAGUUGGUUCGAUUCUGAUUUAAGUGUCGCUGGUAGAGUUAUUGUUAAACAAGAUGGGUUGUUUGUUCCUAAAUUAAUUGAUAUCAAAAAACCAUUAUUGAAAAUUCCAACUUUAGCUAUUCAUUUAGACAGAGAUGUUAACAAAACUUUUGAAUUUAACAAAGAAUCACAAUUAUUACCAAUUGCUGGUCUUGAUAAUGCAAUCCCAGAAGAUAAAAAAGUUAAAAGUAAAGGUGGCUGUUGUGAAGGCUCAGAAUUAUCAACUGAAGAAUUCCAAUCUUUAAACACCGUUGUUCAAAGACAUGAUGAGCAAUUGGUUGAGUUAAUUGCCAAAGAAGCAGGGGUAACCGUUGAAGAUAUUGAGGAUUUUGAAUUGGUACUCUAUGAUCAUAAACCAGCAACUUUAGGUGGGUUAAAUGAUGAAUUCAUCUUUAGUGCAAGACUAGAUAAUUUGACCUCAUGCUUCACAUCUAUUGAAGGUUUAGUGGAAUCUGUCACUACUGAAUCUUUGAAAGAUGAAAAUGGUAUCCGUUUAGUCUCCUUGUUUGAUCAUGAAGAAAUCGGAUCAUCAUCAGCUCAAGGUGCUGAUUCUAACUUUCUACCAAACAUUUUGGAUAGAAUUACUGGAUUAACCGGUGAUAAAGGCGAAUCCACCAAACCUUUACCAUUCACUCUAGAAUCAUCAGCUAAGUCAUUCUUUUUAUCUUCAGAUGUUGCUCAUGGUAUACAUCCAAAUUAUACCGGGAAAUAUGAAUCUAAACAUAAACCAAAAUUAGGAGAAGGACCAGUUAUUAAAGUUAAUGCUAAUCAACGUUAUGUAACAAAUAGUCCUGGUAUUGUUUUGUUGAAGGAAGUUGCAAAGAAGGCUAAAGUCCCAUUACAAUUGUUUGUUGUUGCUAAUGGUUCCCCAUGUGGUAGUACAAUUGGUCCAAUCUUAGCCUCCAAGACAGGUAUUAGAACCCUAGAUUUAGGUAAUGGUGUUUUAAGUAUGCAUUCCAUUAGGGAAACUUCAAGUACCGUUGAUAUUGAAAAACAAGUUGCAUUGUUCAAAUCAUUUUAUGAUAAUUUUACAAAGAUUGAGCCAACUAUUAUCAUCGAUGGGGAAUGA